ACCGUAUUUGUUGUCACUAUUGGGAUAUAUCUUAAUUUUUUAUUCAAAGUAAUGACACAACUCAAAACAUUGACUAUUGGGAUAUAUCUCAGUCUGUAUUCGACGUAAUGACACGGCUCAAAACAUCGUGAUAAAAUAUUAACAGGCAACAAUACCUGUAACAGUUGUAGAGGGAAUGACAAAAUAUUGUUUAUGAUGUUAAACACAUGUUGAAAUUAGCAGCGUAUACAUCUACUAUACAAUGUUAGUUGGAAUGUAUUUCAUUCUAGAGAUUAUCACUUUUACAAAUUAAGGUACACGACGCGGUAGACGAAUGUUAAAAUGAAGUGUAUCAUUGCUAUUGUUAUUAUUACUACAUGCUAUCCAGAAACAAUGGGUUUAACCGUUACAGCUACCGAGAGUUUACAAGAAGUAACUAAUUUUGCUCAACUAAAGGUCGAUAUUGUUCCACCUACAGAUGGUGUAACAGGAAAUUGGACAAUAGCUGAUAUGUCUGGAAAUUCUCGAAUUAUUGUCAUCGACGGCUCCAAAUAUAUGGAGAUACCAUUACCGAGUUCGAUAGAAUUGUAUAUCAACCCAGCGGACACUUCGGACAUUGGAUUUUACGUAUACCAUGCAACAUAUGGUGUAGAAACUGCAGAGAAUGAACCUAUUACAUUAAUAGUUAUAGGUCCACCAAAGGUUUCAACAUCGAUGUCAACGGAAAAAGUAGCCCUAGGUCAAACACUAACACUGAAUUGUUCUUACAUGAAAUAUGACCCACCCAAUAUAUUAAGUGUAAAGUGGAUUAAAAAUAGCACUUCCGGUGACCUUUCUUACAUUAACGAGUCACUUACAUCUAAAUAUGGCGGAAGUAAUGCCUUAAAUCCAUCUUUAACAAUUAUGAAUAUAGAUAGCAACGAUUUGGGUGGUUACUGGUGUCAAGUAGAAAAUGGUGGCGGAACCGGGACAAGUCCAUAUAUAAUCCUUGAGUUAUCGCAAGGUGGUCAUGGUGCUAGUGUUGUAACUCAGGCGGAAUCAACAACAGACGAAUACAGCACAGCAACGAGUAUUCAUGGUACAACGUCUACUGUAACAGAGAAAGUUACAAAAAUGACAGACAAAGGUGAUGAGAUGUGUCCAUGCAAUUGCGAAUACAGAGGAAAGUUGGACUACUGGGCAACAAAAAAUUUAACAAACUAUACAUUUGAAGAAUUAAAAAUAAUUCUGAAACCAGAAUUAAUCAAACUAGAAAAGGAAUUACGCGUUGACAAGCAUAACUUGUCAGCAACGUUACGGAAAUUAACAAGUGCACAUGACAAAAGACCAUCUUCAAGACAUAUUGGAUCAUUCGGAAUUGUAUUUCUUAUUCUUCUUUGUUUGUUAAUUUUUGCAUCUGAUUUAAUUUCGAUCAAACAACAUAUCAUUACAAUCAAACGAAUAUGGAAUAUUAAAGUAAAACGAUAAUCGUACAGAUACUAUCGAAUCUAAAUGUAUCAGCCUAAUGAUCAUUUAAAAAAAAAAAAAAAGAAAUCAUCAUACAUAUGCUUGUGUAGAUAAAAAAAAAGAACUGAAGGAAUAUGUAAUAUUCUGGAUGACUGUUUAUUUUGACAUUACAAAUUGAGACAUUCUA